UCCACACUCAGAGAGUUUUCAUGUACAAAUAUCAGGAACAUUACUAAAGUUUCAGGAUGUUUUUCAAACUGAAGCUGAAAUAUCAGCAUUAAUAACAGCACACAGAAAAUACUUACAUAAAAGCUGCAGAAAUAAAAAAAAAAAAAACAUUUGAAGCUUCUGCACAUUUUAAUGGAAGUUUGAAUAUUGUAUGUAUUCAGUGUUUUUGAAAAAACGGGAAAAAACAGGCAAAUCAAAAAUAAAUCAAUGUAAAAAGAAUCAGAGAGUGAAUUAAGUCCUUUUUAAAACUCAUCAAAAAUCAAAUAUGUUGCCAGAUCAGUGAAACAAAAGUAAACACAGUAAAAACAAAGAAACUGAAAUGAACUUCAGACAUUCCCUCAGUGAAUUUUGAGCUGUUUUUGGCAUGUUUUCCUCUCAGAGUUGAUAUUUUUAAGUCUCAGAUAAACCCCAGACUUUCUUAAACUUUCUCUCUGUGACUCUGAAACUAAACGUUGUGUGAGUCCCGGAGUUUGAGCUGUUUUUGUUCAUGUGAAGUCUGCAGGAAUUCCAGCGUGAAAGACGUUGUUGUUGUUGCACUCGAUCACGCCCCGGUCACAUGGAGUCACCUCACAAAGACACUCUGUGUCUCCUCCAAAUAGGGGGGAGGGAUCAGCCACACAGGGACUCAUGACUGGAGAGAAAUCAUCAGGAACAUGUCAUCUUCAUCCUUGAACAAGCGUUCAAAUCAAACCGAGAAAUCAAUAAAAACUGAUCAGAAUUCAACAUUUAAAACUAUGAAAGAAGCCAAAAUGAAAUCUAUAAGAAGACUUUUUUUUAUACUGUGGACAGAUGAACUGGACAGUGAGCUGAAGAAUAAGAUAGAGAAGGAGGACUCAAAACGAGAGCUGCUGGGCUCUCAGAGCAACUUGUCCGACUCGCUGUGUAUCCGCUGCCUGCAGCCCUUCAAGUUCCUGGUCAACAGCAAACGCCAGUGUCUGGACUGUCGCAUGUACACCUGCAAGUCCUGCAGCCGCUACAACAAGAAGGAGCACGGCUGGGUGUGCGACAACUGCCGCAUGAACAGGGUGCUCAAGAUCGGGACUCUGGGUUGGUACCAUGACAACGUGAGAAACCGUUUCAAGCGCUUUGGUAGCGCCAAAGUGAUGAGGUCAUUGUACAAGAGGCUGAACGGAGAAGGUGGGCGUGAUGAUGACACCCAGAGUAUGCCGGAUGUCCACAAUCACGCAUAUAAUGGCAAUGAGGAUGAUCAAGGAGAAUUCGAGGGUCAGCGCUACAAAGUGAUGAGGAAGAACAAACGUCUGCUGUCUGUUCAUCCUAUGGACUUUGACAAUGAGGAUUAUCUGCCUCACUCACGGCGUCCGUCUGUGCAGCAGGAUGAUCGGUACUAUAGGAAUGACGUGGACUACGACCAUUACAGCCACAGAGGAAACCGCAGGAAGAGCCUGGACCGAUACGCCAUGAGACCUGAUGACAACGGAGAGAAUCGGAUGGUCCGGACUCGCUCUCUGUCCAAGAUCACCUCGUCGGUGGCUCGGCAGCAGUACGUUGACACAUCAGACGAGGAAGAGUACCAGAGGUACCCGCAGAUGUACCAACAACCACCCCACCGCCGAAGGGGCAGUAGAACCUCCUCCCAGGAGAACCUGGGACAAGCCCCGCCGAUAAAUGAACUGAGCAAACGAAUGUCAGCCAUCGAGACUCUGCUGAGCCGCCUGGAGGAAAAGAUUACGCCUGGUGUAAACGAGGCAUCAAAUCCAUCAGCUCAGAAUGAGGAGGAGAAACUGAGAAGGAAGCUUAGUGAGCUGGCGGGGAACCUGAGUGAUAAGGGCCCGUCAUCAGAUGACGAGGCUGGGAAGAAGUCCUUCUCUGUGGGUAAAGGUUUGACCAGACUGAAGGGUGGCCCAGCGAUCGCUCUGAACUCCCGGAAGGACAAAGAACUGAGCUCAUCCAGUGAUGAGAUGCCCACUGAGGCUCAGAAGAGAUCGACUGCCGCCGCCCUCUGUGACCUCACCACUGAGGUCCUGAGAACCAUUAAUGCCACAGAAAACGCUAUGGUCGAGUACGGCCUCUCAGAGCCGAUCGACAGGUCCCACUUAGUAGGCACUGACGUAAAGCAGGCCGAUGAUGCGUUCAGGGAACUUGAGGAAAAUGUAAGCCUCCAACAUGAACUGCACGCCUCAUUGUCCCUGAAACCCAACCCUCCGCCUCGUCCGAAGCAUGAUGGAAAUGUCUGGACUGGCUUUAACCCUCCCGGCUGCUGUGUGUCCGUCCAUCAGCGACAGGGCUGGUGUCGGUCAAACACACUGGGUCCAGUCACAGUCCAGUUUGAGUCCAGUUACAGCAGUUCUAGAUUUAGGAAAAGGUUACAUAAUCAUUUGAAACAUGCCCCAGAACAGUUGGUAAAACUAGGUCUAUGCUCAUUAUUGCCCAACAGCCUUAAAGUUAUCAGUAAAAAUGGCUGAGAAAGUAUACAAAAUAAGAGAUGUUUUUCUAGUUUCAUCAUCAUCAGGUCAUCAUGUCAUGAUGUAAAGAUCCUCAUGACUGAACUCUUUAUCCUCUGAUGAGACCGUUGAGACCAGGUCUUCUCCUGUUACCUGUUCAGUGAUUGAGUCAGUCAGAGAACCAGUGUGUUUCACUGAUACUCAGACCUGUCUUCAUCAC